AUGUCAACAUAUAAUCCUAGGAAGAAAGCAGACAGUGCUUCCAACGACCUACCCACGACAGGGCCACCAUCUCAUCGUGCUAUAUACAAUGCAAUUCAUCUACCGACAACAUUCAAUCUAUUGCGAUACAAACAUUUCAGUUCCAAGUCAUUUUCUAGUCGGCCGGAAAACCCCACCAGAUCAGGACUUCCGUCAGAUCCAGCCUCAAAUUCAUCGAAUACUUCACUGAACUCAAAUUCGAGUCUGCAAUUUGGGUCCAGCAAGUAUGCCCGAUCGAUGGAUCUAAUGGAGAAGCAAUUACUUAAUCGGUUGAAUUUCAGAACUUUUAAUUCAGACUCAAUUCUUGUAAUUAAUGCUGUACUAGCCCUCACAGCUUACUACAUGCGCUCAAACUGCUUAAAAGCAUUCAGUAAUUUUGGAUCUAAUGAUCCACAACAAAUUCAAAAUUACCAGCAAUUUAGAAACUUUCUCAUCAAGAUAUCUGCAAAGUACUACGGCAUUGCCAUCCAUAAGCUAAGAACAAUGCUUUCCAGAAAGGAUUAUAAUGUAACCAUCGCGAUCAUUGUGCUGUCUUUUAUGAACAAAAUAUCCAUCUAUGAAGAUGCUGACUUGAACCAAUCAGUUACAUUUUCAAAAGGUGUCAUAGGCAUAUUCAAUGACAUCUUGUCUAACUUCAAACAGUCAAACGCUCGAUUUCUCAGAUUGUUUAAUAUAUCAAAUGAAUCGUCAUAUACCAGUGCGAACGACGUAUCUUGGAUUAUCAAUUUCCUAGUGUUUGCUUCGAAGUCGAUAUUUUUCCCUACAUAUGACCCAACCAUCCUAUUGGAAUAUAACCAAACAUUAAUUGAAUACAGAGACAUACUUCAUGAACUAAAUAGACAGGGAAUACAACCGUCCCAACAUGUCAUAUUUAAUUUCAACCACCUCUUCAGUUACACCCAACAAUUACUCUUGUUUAUUCAAUCGCAUAACACUAAUAACAUCAACCAAUAUCCAAUUUUACUCUACAAGUUGUUGCGGCAUUGGUUGAUUAUUCUCCCAUCAAAAGUUCAUGUGCUCGAGUAUCUAUCCGAUCCGUUGGAAAAGACCUUGAUGUACUUAUUCCGUACUUUAACAAAAAUCCUUGAUAACCUUUUCCCGUCUGUGAUAUUCUACUUUUUACAUACAUUCAGUGGAGGCUUGUCAUUAUGGUAUGAACCUAAUUACGAAUUAGACCCAAAAAUAGUAACCCCACAGGAAAUGUCAUCAUUUCCUACUCCCAUUCAACAUCACUUGAUUAGGAUUACUAUUUACAGUGUUCGAGUCUGUACAUUUUUUCAGAAGCGAAGUAACAUAUUACUGAUCUUUUUUGGGGACCAAAGAUUGAAACAAGAAUUGUCACCACAAAUUAUCCAGGCUAACAUCAAUGAAGUCAUGAUAAAAGCUUUCAAAAAAACAAAAAUAAGGCUCUAUCAUUACAUACAUUUGCCUAAUGUAGUGCAGUUCACAAAGACGAAUGUUAUCUUUGAUAAUAUACAACAAAGAUUCGGUGCCAAGAUGCUCUACUACUACAACCAAGGACAUUACGACCAUUUCAUGUCUAAAAAUUCGGACAAAUCGUAUAAUAAUGUGUUCAAGAAAGACUCGAUAGAUCCUAUCAUAAACUUUCAUAUGAAUAAUAUAUCUCAAAGCGGGUUUGAAACUGCCAACGAUAACAAGAGAUUUGGUAGUAUGGACGGAUCUAGCUCGUUCUCAUCGUCCACUACUGCUUCACCGCCUGAUACUGGAAGAAGCGUGCCUGUUUCUCUUCCAUUUACAACCACUAUGGGAAGUUCUGCACCGAUAAACUACUACACUAUAUUCGAAGAUAAUUUUUCUCUGAUAUUGACGAAGAAACUUAGUCAAGAAUAUGAAGAUUUAUUUCGUUCUGGCGAUAAUUCGCUAUUUGUGAAUCCAGACAGUGCACCAUUCCUCGAUUUGCAGCUCAAUCCUCAAAACAGGUUAUUUUUCGGUGACAACGAUCCAUUACGAAUUGCCGAGAUCAGCACUGACAUCAUUUUCAAAAGACGACUUCAGAAUUUGUUCACUAAUACAGAAAUUUACAAUCUCAUAGUCAACUUGCACAACACGAGGAAUAGAAGACUAAGUGCAAUAAUGAGCGAACCGGCUUCCACCAUAAGUAUCUCUCGACAACCUUCUGUGACGUCCACCAAUGUCCAAUUAAUGGAAUCCAUUCAUCAUGAGAUUGAGGUGGAACAUAGAGAAAACAUCAAAAAUGUCAGGAAACGCAGUGGCUCCAAAUCAAAAAAGAAGAUAUCUCCUGAAGAGAGUCCCGUCGAAAAAGUCCAAGAGAAGUUGAGCGACGUGGACAAUUUCUACGACGACUUGAAUGAAAAGUACUUUGCACUUUAG